GGCAGUGCGUUCGCACCAAGAUGGCGGCGCCUCUAAAUGAGUACGAAAAAGAAGCAGGCUGCGUUCCUGUUUUGCACUCGGAGGAAAUCAAACCUCCAGCUCACUAUAACCAUGGAUAUAAUGAAUCUCUUGGGCGCAAAAGCCACGUUGAUGAUUACAGUACAUGGGAUAUUGUCAAAGCCACACAGUAUGGAAUAUAUGAUCGUUGUUGUGAGUUGGUAGAAGCAGGCUAUGAUGUACGGCAACCUGAUAAAGAAAAUGUUACGCUUCUCCAUUGGGCUGCAAUCAACAACAGAUUGGAUUUAGUGAAAUACUACAUAUCAAAAGGUGCUAUUGUUGACCAGCUUGGAGGUGACCUGAAUUCCACACCACUACAUUGGGCAACUAGACAGGGUCAUUUAUCAAUGGUUGUACAGCUUAUGAAAUAUGGUGCAGAUCCAUCAUUAAUUGAUGGAGAAGGAUGUAGUUGUAUUCAUUUAGCAGCCCAGUUUGGACAUACAUCUAUUGUCGCUUACCUAAUAGCCAAGGGACAGGAUGUUGAUAUGAUGGAUCAAAAUGGAAUGACACCUUUAAUGUGGGCAGCUUAUAGAACACACAGUGUGGAUCCUACUCGGUUGCUGCUUACUUUUAAUGUUUCGGUGAAUUUGGGAGACAAAUAUCACAAGAAUACAGCACUACACUGGGCAGUUCUAGCAGGAAAUACUACAGUGAUUAGUCUACUGUUAGAGGCUGGAGCUAAUGUUGAUGCCCAAAAUAUCAAGGGAGAAUCACCACUUGAUUUAGCAAAGCAAAGAAAAAAUGUUUGGAUGAUAAAUCAUCUACAAGAGGCAAGGCAAGCAAAAGGUUAUGACAAUCCAUCUUUUCUCAGGAAGCUGAGGGGUGAUAAGGAAUUUCGUCAGAAGGUGAUGCUAGGAACACCAUUCCUAGUUAUUUGGCUGGUUGGAUUUAUAGCAGAUCUUGAUAUUGAUUCUUGGCUAAUCAAAGGACUAAUGUAUGGUGGUGUUUGGGCUAUGGUUCAGUUUCUUUCCAAAUCUUUCUUUGAUCACUCCAUGCAUAGUGCUCUGCCUCUUGGAAUCUACCUAGCAACAAAAUUUUGGAUGUAUGUGACGUGGUUUUUCUGGUUUUGGAAUGAUCUCAAUUUUCUCUUCAUCCACCUUCCAUUUCUUGCUAAUAGUGUUGCACUUUUCUAUAAUUUUGGGAAAUCCUGGAAAUCAGAUCCAGGAAUAAUUAAAGCCACAGAAGAACAAAAGAAAAAGACAAUAGUGGAACUUGCAGAGACAGGAAGCUUGGAUCUCAGUAUAUUCUGCAGUACCUGCUUGAUACGGAAGCCAGUGAGGUCCAAGCAUUGUGGUGUAUGCAAUCGAUGUAUAGCCAAGUUUGAUCAUCACUGUCCAUGGGUGGGUAACUGUGUAGGAGCAGGCAAUCAUCGUUAUUUCAUGGGAUAUUUAUUCUUUUUACUCUUCAUGAUUUGCUGGAUGAUUUAUGGCUGUAUCUCUUACUGGGGAAUCCACUGUCACACAAGUUAUACAACAGAUGGUUUUUGGACGUAUAUUACACAAAUUGCCACUUGUUCACCAUGGAUGUUUUGGAUGUUUUUGAACAGUGUGUUUCACUUCAUGUGGGUUGCUGUACUACUAAUGUGUCAAAUGUAUCAGAUUUCUUGUUUAGGGAUUACUACAAAUGAAAGAAUGAAUGCCAGACGAUAUAAGCACUUUAAAGUUACAACAACAUCUAUUGAAAGUCCAUUUAACCAUGGAUGUAUAAGAAAUAUUAUAGACUUCUUUGAAUUCAGAUGCUGCGGUUUAUUUCGUCCUGUUAUUGUGGACUGGACACGGCAAUAUACAAUAGAAUAUGACCAAAUCUCUGGAACUGGCUACCAGCUGGUUUAACACCCACUUCCAAUAUGUGAGCAUAUCAGAUCUGAAUGGUGCCUGGAAGUUUGUUUCUUUUGAAUCCACAUCACUUGAACAGUAGCAUGUUAUGAAUAGAGCUAACAGUGAAUCUAAUGGUACCUUCUUUGCACCUGUUUUAUUAAUGGAAGUUUUAAAAAGGACAGAAUAAACUGCCAAUCCUGAUAAUGAGGAAGAAGAAGGGAAUUUUAACUGUUCUUACUACAGGAAUAACUCCGAAAGACAUAUUCACACAAUUAUAUUUUAGUUUCACAAUGAAGCAUGAAUUGUUAAAAAUACAAACAGAAUAAAGUCAUGCUGUGCUGAAGAUUCAAUAUUUAUUUCAUAAUUUGAACAAUUUCAUUUGAAGUUAAAUUUUAUGAAGCUAACAUCUUGAGAUCAUUGUAUUAUAUUUACUGCAAUGAAAUUUUGUAUAGAUUUGCUGUAAUAUGUGCAUUGAAAAAUGUACAUUAAAUACGGUAAUGAAUUAUGUAGUUUUGUUGGGGUCUACCAUAAAUUGUGAAGUUGAGGAUGUUCGUCACAAAACUCUUACCUAAAUGUAACAGUAAUUAUCCGUUUUUAGGGCUGAUUUAUCUCUGAUACAAUAAAUUACUCAUAAUAAAUCUUAUAUGAAGUUGUAUAUCCUGGGCAGAAAAAGCAACUUAGAAGAAAUCUUAACUUUUCUGCCUAAUACAAAACACCACUUAAAUGCAUGAUGAUACUUUCUAAAAUUAGAUUACAAAAUAAAAUAUGAUCUGCAAAAAUUAAAGAAAAAUGUUAUAUAUGCUGUUAGUACAACUUUGUUUCAUAAGUAAUGUGAGACAUUGUGCAUGAUAUAUUCUACUGUCAUUAGAGAAUUGGUAAACAAGAACUUAUAUGGGAGCCAAAAAAUCAAAGGUUAAAUUCUAAUUAAUUAGGAUAUGAUUGUUAUUAAAUUGGAUGCAGUUCCCAAGAAAUGUAGCUAGAUUAAAAUAAUGUUUAAAAAGAUAAAAUAAAUUUAAGCUAAAUUUUAAGCUAAAUUUAUUUCUUUGUAGCACAUGUAAGUUAUUGAUAUUACAGGUGUCAUGAAUUAUAUGGUAUGUUGAUAAGUGGAAAAAUACAAUAAACUUACUUUCAAAUUAUGAAAUUUAAAAGACAAGGAGUGGUGUAAAGUCACAUUCCAGAAGCAAUUUUUUUGUUGUUGAAUGUGAUGCACUGAUUUUCAGUUAUAGCAUUUUUUAUAUUCCUUGUGAAUUUUUCACUGCUUCCUUAAAUAUUGUUUACAGAGAGACUUGAAAUAUGUUUGGGUUCUCUUAAGUGCUGUAGCAGUAUAGUGGUUCAAAAAUCCUGUGAGGAGGAUCUAGGGAAGGGAUCUUUAAUACAGAAGUAGAGACCAUUGUAAAGAAUAUGUAUCUGUAUAUAAAUAAUUUAUCAACUAGUUUUUGUAAGUGUGUGUGUACAUGUGUGUAUGUUAGUAUAUUUAAAAGCUGCUCAUUUCAUUUUCAACAAAAAAUGUAGGAUAUCUAAUGGGCUUUUUAGUAAUGAUCAAUAUUGCUAUUAAUAGGCACUGUACCCUGCAACUUCACUGCAUGUUUGAUGCUUGGUAAAACUAGCAUUUCCUGUAAUAUUGAAAUUACAGGUAUUAAAGCAAUCCAGUGGUAUUCCCACCCCUUGCCUUAGAAAGAGCAGUGAAACUGUAAAUAGUUGAUGUUCAGUAUUUGCAAGUAUGCUUUUCCCCCAUUCAAGGUGUUUCUUUGAUUGCCAGGUGUCCAUAGUUUGCAAGUACCAGAUAUCAAGAUUUACAGAAAUGCAACCUUAGUAUAAUUUGGAUAUUUUAAUAUUGAGAAACUUAAACUAAUCUUUAAUAAACUAUGGUUAGGUUAAGAAAAUGAAGUUAUGUGCAGGGAGGUAAAAGGACUGUGCCAGUUUGACAGAUACUUUUUAGAAAAAUACUAAGAAUAUACUAUUCUUGCAACAUUCCUUCUAAUUUUUAAUGUUAAAAGCUGAAAAGAUUAGGCAACACUUUGGUUCAUAUUUUAAUACCCCAAUCUUUAGCAGAUUUGAGAAGCCCUACUUAUUUUGUCUUUUAAUAAUCAUGUUUUCUCCUUUAAUAAUCAUGUUUAGAAUCUUAAAACCCUUGAUUCUACUUUGGAAAAAUGUAUUUUCACAGAAACAAUUGCUUUUGAAAGGCCUCAGAAGAUCAAUAUAUUUGUAGAUCUUCUGCUAUAUAAAAAAUAUAUACCAUAUAAAAUCCUUGUCCAAAUAAUUGUGUCCUUCAUACAAUAAAAAGUAAAUUUCACUUAAGUGGGGGAAAAGUAUAAAUUUUGUUUCUAUACUUUGCAUAAUUGUCAGAGAAAAAGUAAUGGAAGAUAAAAGUUCAAUAUUUGAAGCACCUAGAAUUAUUCUAUUGCCAGAAAUUUUGAAAUGUAUAAUCUCGAACCCGAAAGGGGAAAAUACAUAGAAUAUUUUUUUCUGCUUGUUGAAUGUAUUGCAGCAUACUACAGCACCCUAAGGCCUUUGUGAAUCCAAUUAAAAAGAUUAGAAUUUUGACAUUCAUUGAUAUACUAAGGAUUAAAAUAUUGUGUGUGACCUAGAAAAAUGAUACAUAUAUUAUGCAGGUUUUAAGUUUUCUAGUGCACAACUUUCUCCCCAUGAUUUUCUUUUCAACAAUUAAUAUGCAUUAAAAGUGCAUCACUGUUUUAAAAUGAGUAUUUUGUUUUUCUAAUUUAUUUAUAACUGUGCCAAGUUUUAUUUUAUUGUUAUGACUGAUGUAUUACAUUGUGAACAAAAUCUGUAAAAGGUUUAAUAAAAUAGUUCUC